AUGUACCGCAAAGAUCACCAGCUUGUGCGUCGGCUCACGAUCUACUUGGUGGGCAUGGUCUUGAGUUUUCAACUGUGUAAUGCAACGAAGAUAACUAGUAAAAGUGUACCAGCGGUGUGCUUGAACGGCAAGUACGAUAGAACCGGCAAGUGUGUCUGCAAUCCCGGGUACAGUGAGUACCAGGGGAACUGCUUUCUAACAUCGCCUAUCUCGAGCUGCCCCCCGGGGUCGAUUAUGUUCGGCGGGAUCUGCCGGGAGGCUGUACCGGCCACGGAAACUUUCAUUGUAGUGCCUCCAUUGCGUGUCACACUGAUAACCCCGGAAUUGCCGGAUCCGCUCGAUCCCAUCUACGCCGAUAACGACGAUCGCGACGAGGACGAUGAUAAUGAUGAGAUCAAUUCCUCACCCAUUAAAAAUAAGCACUUGAAUAUAAGCUACGAAAAAAUCGUCCAAAAUGACAAUGUAAUCAACAACGAGACUACGCACAACACGGAAAACAUUAACAAUAUUGUUGUACACAUUACGCGCAAGAUGGUCAAUGGAGCCGUGAAGAGCAUCGUGAUUAAAAACAACGAAACGACCGUACACGAGGAGAAGAUCGAAAGCGAUCAAGACGCUCUCGACAGCAAUUGCACGCUGGAAGCCGUCACAACAGAAGCACCUGCUAAGGAUCUGCCCUGUUGCACGAUCGUGUCCCCGAGACUGUGUCGCAGGCAGCAGGAGAAAGAGAACGACCCGCGGUGGGUAUGUUUCCACCGGAAGCAGUACGUCUGCGACAAGGUUUGCACAGCUAAAGUGAUGUAUCUACGACCCCGACAUCCAAGCUUCCGCCAUCCCUGGCUGGUGAUGCCACCGAUGGUCAACUCGCAGUUUUAUCGGCGGAAACAGUACCUGAGAACAGGUAAGAUAGAUACCAGCCAGAAGGCGCAUCUUCCCACACUCAAAACGGCUGUGAUUGCAGAUUGCUCCGGAUGUCUGCGUGGCCAGAACCGAUGCCAUCCGAAUUGUUACACGUACGACUGUAUGCAUAAUAACAGCUGCAGCUUCGUACAGCAGGAGACGUUCUGCAAGGACAAGCACGACUACGUGUGCAUCCUGAUGGAGGAGAAGCCAUCCAAUACUACGCGCGUUUGA